AAGUGCUCUGUGCAGAGUGCAGACGGCUUUUGUUGUUACAGACGUUCCCACCCUUUUAACUGGGGUUGCUUCUAUUUGCUAUGCUUCUUUCCCACUGAUCCAUCAUACAGCAAGCCUUGGGGAGGAAAAGCAUGGGAGGUUAGGAGCAGCUACCAGAAUGGGAGCCAAACCUAUGAAAUGCCUCAGCUCCUCCAGCCCUACACACACCCCCAAAGAGGAGUACAUCACUGGUCAGUCUGAAGAACAGAAAGAGAUUGUGAGCAACCACACAGAGCAGCCGCAGAGCCUUAAAGAUGUCAUGAAAUUCUCAAGCAAUGAGCCCACCCCUGGUCCAGAGCUUGUCAGGAUGGGGGAUGGCAGCUCCUGGGAGGAGCAUCUGUACGCCCAGCAGGAGCAGCUAGAGAAGGAGAUGCAAGAGACCAGGAAAAUGGUAUCAAGACUUCAGGCUCUGCUGCUCCAGGGCUCACUGCCUGAAGAUGACCAGACCUCAGCAGCACCUCUGUUUGGAGACAGUGCGGUCAGUGGAGAUCAACAGCUGAUAAUAAUCCGCAGUCGCCUGGAUCAGAGCAUGGAGGAAUCCUUGGAUCUAAAGAGAGAGCUGCUGAGGUACAAACAGGAAGCACGCAACCUUCAGGCAGUUAAGGAGGCCUUGCAAUACCGCAUGUCAGUGCAGGAGGAUUCAGUACUGCAGCUCAAACAGGAACUGCUCCGAUCCAGCAUGGACAAGGACGAGCUGGAAGGACAAAAUGCUGAACUGCAAAGAAAGCUGAAUGAUCGAGACAGAUUGUUGAGUGAGCACAAGAAAGAUCUGGCACAAAAAGACAGACAGCUUCAGCAACAGCAAGCUAAAGUGGAGGAGUCAGUGUGCAAAUUAACUGAGAGCAGUCAUCACAGGUUGUCUAGUUGUGAGAACAAUGGCUACAGCCACAUGACAGACACGUCUUCUCUAUUCUCACACAGAAUGAGUGAUGAGCUGCAGCUGGUGCGAGAUGCUCUGCGCAGUCUGAGGAACAGCUUCAGUGGUCACGACCCUCAGCAUCACACACUAGACACUCUGGAGCAGGGAGUAUCCAGCCUGAUAGACCGCCUUCAUACCAGCGACUCUAAGAAGAGGCAGGAUAAAAAGGACACAACCAAAUCUCCAUGCCGAAGAGCCACUCACACUGACCGGGAAUCAUGGCCACCUAGUUCAAAGAUGCCGCACUCUCACAGCAGCCCCGUGAUCAGCGCAGCCACCUCAACCAAAGUACUUUACUUCACAGAUCGCUCCCUCACGCCCUUCCUCAUUCACAUCCCUAAAAGACUGGGGGAGGUCACACUUCAGGAUUUUAAGGCCGCAGUGGGAAGACACAACAAUUUCAGAUAUCGUUUCAAGUCUCUGGAUCCUGAGUUUGGAACAGUGAAGGAGGAGGUUUUCCGGGAUGAUGCGAUUAUACCGGGAUGGGAAGGGAAGAUUGUUGCCUGGGUGGAAGAAGAUGCAAAUGAGAGCAGGUAA